CAAGGAAGGAAAAAGUAAGUUACUUCAGAUGAACUCUAACUUGGACGGAGUUCAGAUGAACUCAAACCUGGAUGAUGUUUUGGCUGUGGCAGAGGCUGGUGUUAAGGUUAUAACUGUAAAGAGAGAUGGAAGUGGAAAUUUUUGGACGGUGACAGAUGCAAUAAAUAGCAUUGCAGAGGGGAACACUAAUAGGGUGAUUAUUAAAAUCGGUAGAGGUUGGUAUUGGGAGAAGGUCACCAUUGACAGGUCAAAGAGAUUCAUAACGUUGUAUGGGGAAGACCCCAAAGACAUGCCGCAGAUAAUUUUUAAUGGGACAGCGGCUCAAUAUGGCACGAUGAACAGUGCUACAGUUGCUGUAGAGAGCGAUUAUUUUGUGGCCGUCAAUAUUAUAUUUCUGAAUUCAGCUCCAAUGCCAGAUGGAAAAAGGGUUGGUGCACAAGCAGUCGCCAUGAGAAUAUCAGGAGAUAAAGCAACGUUCGAUAAUUGCAAGUUUAUAGGUUAUCAAGACACAUUGUGUGAUGAUAGAGGCAAACAUAUCUUCAGAAACUGUUAUAUCGAAGGGACCAUGGAUUUCAUUUUCGGAAAUGGCCAAUCCCAAUACUUGAACACUGCUAUAAGAUCAAUUUCAAAUGGCGUCGGGUUUAUUACAGCACACGCCAGACAAAACGAGACUGAAGAAAGUGGAUUCGUAUUUGUCCAGUGUAGCAUAACCGGUACAGGUAAGGCUGAACUUGGCCGUGCAUGGAAGCAGAGUUCUAGGGUGAUUUAUGCUUACACAUACAUGGACAGUCUCAUCCUUGGCAAAGGAUGGUCUGAUGGCAUGACAGACAAUGAACACAAACCUGUUUAUUAUGGAGAAUACAAGUGCUAUGGACCAGGGGCAAGUUCUUCCGAUCGAGCCAAAUUCGUGAAGAUAUUGUCUGAUGGAGAAGCGAAACCAUUUUUGAGCAUAAGUUUCCUUGAUGGAAAUAAAUGGAUCCUUCCACCUCUUAAGAUGUGACUUAUUCAUGAAAAAUUCUAC